AUGCUAGCAGGGAAAGGGAGUCAUCACCGCCUUUUCCUCCUUCCCCACAGAGUCGACCUCCUUCUCCUUCUACAUAGUAGUCAUCUAAGGUUCCUUCUAAUGCUUUUAUCAACUAUCUCAAGAUUAACAAAAACCCUAGCAUCAAGAAGCUGUCAAAUGGCCACCAGUUGCAUGUACCUAUUGUGGUUUCGUAUUUCCUCAAAUUGCUCUGAUGGAGUAAAUAUAUCCUUGGGAUUAAUUGAAGAAAACCAUCGAUGUGUGGUUGUUGCUAAGGAGAAUCGAGGAUCGGUUCAUGCUUAUCUUGCUAGGUGUGGGAUAGGGAAAGCAGCAGACGUCCUCCUUUUUCAUAGAAUAUGCCACCACUAAUGGAAAAAUAAGAUCGUAUUAAGCUCAUCUACACAUCACACAAAUGGUUAAUUAAGAAAGUAGAUUUUUAUUUUUGAAUGUGUUUCCGUGUGUGGAAAAAAUAGAAAUAACAAUAGACUUUCUAUUUUUGUCUGACACAUCCAGCCACGCGAACAGAAAUGGCAUUGCACUUUCUGCUUUUCUUUCAUUAUGUCAUCCUACCUUUUUUUUUAUUUAAUUUUUAUUUUUAUAGCUUUUUUCACUAUACUAAAAGUUAUUUUAUGAUUUUUUGAUUUUUUUAGCUUAAUAAUUUCCCUUAUAAUAGCAUUGUACUAUCUAUAACUCUAUCCCAAUGAAUGGUCCCCUUAUAUAUUGUCUGUGUUUUUUCUACCAUUGAAUUUGAUAUGAUCUGUGUUUUUUGUGUCAUAGGAUUAAAAUUUGAAGAUGAGAAGUCCUAUAUUUAACGUAUUAGUUUUUUUUUAGUUUAUUUUUUUGUUUUUUAGAUCAACGUUGUAAGUUGUAUAUUCUCAGA